AGAGAUUAUACAGACAAUUUACGAUGUCCCAUCGCAACCAUCAUCCCUCUGUAUAAAUUCCCAUCUUAAACUAGCGGGAUAAUAAAAUCGAUAAGCCCGCUCAUGCCCAGUACCGGGAUGCUGCGCUCAUCAAAACAAAUGUUUUAGCGCCUUCGUCACAACUUUAAUAAAAUAUUAAAUUUCCACAUGUCGCAACAAAAUGAUCUCAGUGAAACGUAUCAGAGCGAAAAUCAAGACGAAAACGACGCACUAUUUGAGAUGCGGGGCGAAAACGGCCACUUUUCUGUUCUGGGCCUCGCUUUAUAUGAUUGUGAUGAGGAUGACGAUAUUCAAAGGAAGCUCGGAGCCACCUGUGAAGGAGUGGACCAUUCCUGACAAUUACACGAAGUGGCUGUUACAGGGCCCAGUUCUAGGCGAGGACGAGACAGACUCCGAACCAACCAUAGACUGGUCUGAGCCCGACAACACCACAAUAAUCGAGCUGGAGAAGCGAGCUGCGCGCGCGCAAGCCGUGUGCAAACAAAGAGGGAUCAGACAGACUGUCAAUAGCAAGGAGUUCUUUGUGGACCACGCGCACAACCUGGUGUGGUGCAACAUUUUUAAGGCGGCCAGCUCGAGUUGGUUGUACAAGUUUAAUAUUUUAGGAGGCUACGAAAAGAAAUUCCUAGCCCGGAGUCGUCACACACCCCUCACACUAGCCCGUUGGAAAUUCCCCCGACCAAGCCUAGAUGAGCUCAAAGACGCCAUCAACACACCAGGGGUAAUCUCCAUGCUUAUAGUCCGGGAGCCCUUCGUACGGCUGCUCUCGGCCUAUAGAGACAAGCUGGAGAAUAUAACGCCGCCGUAUUAUAGGAAGCUGGCGAGAGCUAUAGUCGCUGAGCAUAGAGAGAACGCGGCGAAGGUUUUAGGACCAAUAAAGAGCUACGGACCGACGUUUUAUGAGUUCGUCGCGUAUUUAAUACAGAAACACAAGGACCUGGACGACAAAUUCCCAUUCGACGAACACUGGGCCCCGUAUUACCACUUUUGCUCUCCGUGCGCCGUCAAUUUCACGGUGAUAGCCAAAGUUGAAACUCUUUCAAGGGACUCAGGGUACGUUAUAUACGAAUUAGGGUUGUCCCAUGUAUUAGGAAGAAGAGUAAGGGAUCGAAGAACAAGACUAAGGACAGUUAUGAACAAAUCCAGAGACGGAAAGAACACGACAGCCCUAUUAAAAUAUUAUUUUAACCAGUUGGAUGGAAGUAUGCUGAAUGACUUGUUGAGAAUAUAUGGAAUAGAUUUUGAGAUGUUUGGAUAUGAUCCUAAAAUUUAUAGAAGUUAUGUGAGAAAAUAAAGUCUAUGUGAUGUGUUGAA